CUUCUGCAGCGAGAAUGACGGGGAUGAUUCGUCUCCUGCCUGGAAGCCCCCCGAGCACGACCUGAUCCUGAAGCUGGUGGCUCAGGUAGAAUAUUAUUUCUCCGAUGACAACCUCGAAAAAGACGCUUUUCUCCUGAAGCACAUCCGCCGGAACAAGAUGGGGUACAUCAGUGUGAAGCUGCUGACCUCGUUCAAAAAGAUCAAGCAGCUGACGCGGGACUGGAGAACCACCGCUUAUGCCCUGAAAUAUUCCGACCUUCUGGAGAUGAACGAAGAUGGCCGCAAAGUCCGCCGAAGCGCCCCGGUUCCCAUGUUCCCGAGCGAAAACCUCCCAAGCCGAAUGCUUCUAGUCUAUGACAUCUCCCCGACUCGAGAUCGACCCCUUCCGGAUGAAGGACAGGAGAACGGAGAAGUCCGGGAGAAGGUCAUGGAGCAUCUCCUCAAGGCCUUCAUCCAGUUUGGGGUCAUCUUGUCCGUCCGGAUUCUCAAACCCGGGAGGGACCUUCCCCCAGAUAUCAAGAGGUUCAGCGGCCGUUACAGCCCGGUGGGGACCCAGGAAUGCGCCAUCGUCGAGUUUGAAGAGGUGGACGCCGCCGUCAGAGCCCAUGAGUCCUUUGGCCUCACGGACCAAGCCACCAUGAAGGUCCUCCUCAUUGGAACGAAGCCUCCAAAGAAGAAGGUCCUCAAGGAGAAGAACCCAGAGAAAAGCUCCGCCAAGGAUCCAGCCAAGAGUCGCUCGAUGAACCGAAGAGUUGAGGAGCUUCAAGAUGUAAAUGAAGACUUGUCGGCCAACAGCUCCUCGGAUCAAGACAGCGACCCGACGUCUCCCAUGCCGAGGAGAAGCAGCUCCUCCAACAGGUUGAGCCCUUCAUCCUACCCCAACCACCACCUGAGCCCAAACAGCUCUCCGAGGUCGAGUCCCUGGAACAGCCCUUCCUCCCUGCGUAAAACCUCCAGGAUGUCCCCGUUGGCAGAGGAUGGAAGAGCCUUUCUCAGCACCAGUCCCGAGAUGUCCAAGCGGCCGGCCGAUUACUCUUCAGACAGUAGCAUCACUCCUUCAAGUAGCCCCUGGGUUCAACGCCGGCGGCAAGCUCGGACUUUGGCCCAGGGAGAGAAGACCCCGGUGGGUAGCCCGGAGCCCAGCGUCAAAAUAGCCGCCUCUGCCGGACUUCCCGUGGGGGUCUUGCGUUUGCCCAGGGGGCCGGACGGAACGAAGGGUUUUCAUAACAGUCACGAAAGGAACAACAUCGCCAAGAACGUAUAAACUCCCAUUUUGGAGCGAUCCUUGGUGCUCCCUUAGACUUGGUUGCUGGGGUAGCCCUGAGGAUGUUCCCUAGUUGGGUCAUGAAACAUCUGCAGGAAAACCACCAAGCUCAGA